UGUCAGCUGUGUACAUGUCCUUCCUGGUGAUUGGAUCAGUGCAUUUUCAUAUUGUCCUGGCUCGGCCUCUCUAGUAGAACAUUCCUUCCCCUUUGGCCACACAGUCAGGAUUCUGCAUGCAGUUCUGGAAGCAGAAAUCCUAAGGAGAGAAAGUAUAAGGGACAGAUACAACGCCUCCUCUUUCCAAAACUGCAUGCAGAAACCUGACCGUGUGGCUGUGCCCUUCCUGCUGUUAAGAAAUUAGAUUUUGCAGAACAGCGUGUAGACGAUUUUCUGUGUGCUAAAUGAAUUCCCUGACAAAAUCAAGGAACUAUGUAUCAGUCCGGACAUUGAGGCAUUACUUUUCAUCACGUACAUGUGCCUUGCCACUGUGAACAAGCUUGGGCAGCUGCACAUACAUCACAUGCGUCUCCUGUCUACACUGAAGAAGCAGCAGAAUCUGUUGCCUCAGAGGAAGUGAAUAUUUGAAAUAAAAUAAUAAAUGCUAUGAAAAAAGUCAGCAGACCUACAGCCAUUCACGAAAGUGCUGGUUUUGCUUCUCAUGAAAAAUGUAAAGCACAAGAAAUGAAAAAGGAGUCGUUAAAUGAAUGUUGUUAUGGAAACCAGCUUACAAAUGACACCCUUUCUCCGAAAAACAGAUCACAGCAUUAUUCCAGCACGUCAGACAGCAGAAUGCUAGAACCAGUUAAAUCUACGGAGCGGCAUGAGGCAGUUUGGGCUCUAAGUAAUAGGUCAUCCAUUGACAAUACGACCAGCUCUCAAUAUAGUCAGUCUCUGGAAAAACUAUUCCUGGGCUUAGAGUCAGUCCGGCUCUCAACAGAAGAUGAGGACAGUGCCAGUGACCUUUCAGAUUCUGAAAGAGUUCCUAUCCCACCAUCACCACUGACACCUCCUAAGCUGAAUCUACGAGCCGAAGAGAUCAAUCCUGGUUAUUUCAGUCAGCACGUGAAAUAUGGGUGCGAAGAUUAUGAGUAUUCAGAUUUUCUGCCUCCACCUUACAACUCCUGGAACCUUCACCAGGUCUCCAUGUUUCUCAAUAAGGAAGGCAAAAAUACCUUACAGUCGACAGCAUCAGCCCCCCUAGAGAGAUAUGUUGACCGUCUUCUCCAGUUAGAAUGGCUUCAAAUGCAAACUGUGCAAUCUGAAAAGGCAAAAAAGUCUAGACCUCAGACAGUUCCUGCAACAUGCCGUAAUGGAAAAUCUCCAGGAAAAUGUAAACCUUGGCAAAGUCCAUUGCCCACCAAACUUUUAUCUGGUUUAGAUAGUGUUCCCAAAACAAACAAUGGACAGGAUAAAAAUUCUCACAAAAAAUAUGCCCACCGUGAACUCUGUGGUGCAAUGUGUUUGCGGAAAAGCUGCUCAACUGUUUCUGGAACAGGAGAGAUUCUCCCAUCUGCACCGAAACAAACUCAUGAUGUGAAAUGUAAGAAAAAAACUGUAACAAACUGUCAGCAAACAAAAGCCAUGUUAUUAGCUGACUCCAAGAUGCUUUGUGCUGGCAAUAUUAGACCUGAGAGGCAAAUUUCCAUUUUGAGUAAUACAGAAAGCCUCCCAAAGCAGACCAAAGGCAGUAAAAUUAGGAAAAGUGCACUGUCAGUCAAUAGUCAGGUCACAAAUAGACACUGUAUAGCAGAACAAAAAAAGUAAAAGCAAAAAGUCAACAGUCAGGUAUUGUCAGUUUUUAAGUAAAAUAUAGUAUAUA